AUGGAAAAGAGCGAAGACCCUUUGGUUGUUGACGGUGCACGAAAUAAGCUUGAAAAGAUUAGUAAAGAAUCCCAACGAAAGCGCAAAGCGAAAGCUAUCUCAAGAUCUUUGGAAGAACAGUCGAAGCGUCAAAGACGCAAACAAAAAGUUCAUCUUGAGUCCCACCUCACAGCUCAAUUAAAGGCCACUAGCGGUGAAAAAUUGGCUCUAAACCAAACACAUCUCCAGUUUAUCAAGCAAAAUGGUCCGAGUAUUGCUAACGAUGGUGUAAAUAAAGAACAUGAUUUAUCCAAUAAAUCGGAUGAUGAUUCGUAUACAGAUACUGAUUCAAGUCAUGAAAGUGAUGAUGAAUAUACACCUCCAUCUCCAACACCGCAGUAUUUUUCUGAAGAUUCAUUCACCGAAAAUGAAAAGAUUAUUAUCACUAAUGUUCCUUCGAGUUUAUCACGAUUAAGAGAUUCAGAGGCUGAUUUGAUUGUAAAUAAUGUUAACAUAUCAGCAAAAUUUAGAUCUUAUAUUAAUGAAUCCAUUUCACAUGCUAAUAAAACUAAUGGACUGUAUGUUGAGUCAAAUACACACGAGAUCCUAUCAUUAUCGUCAAUACUUGUUUUGAUACCGAAUUCUUAUUCUACAAAAAUGGUAGAAAUAUUCGGUUUGCGAGUACUUAAAUCAAUUCAUCAUGAAUUUACGCCGACAUUAUCUAUAUCACUGGAUACGGAAAUUGAACGCACGUAUAGGAAUGUUAUUAAAACAUGCUUGAAAGAUUCACGUAGCAGUGCAAUUGAUCUUUUAUGUACAAAUCUUACAAAUAGAAAGGAAUUGAGGAAUAAUUUUGGGUUUUUAAUGCUGGAUUUCUACCUAGGGAUGGGAAUGAUCCGAUCCAGACCGAAAGACCAUUGGUCCGGUCAUAGGACCGGUCUU